CAGCUCUCCGCGUCCUCCAGAGGCGAUGCUGGAGGUCGGAGAGACGAGCGGACGGCGCUGAGCGCAGCUAUCAUGCCGUGCGCAGGCUUAAAAGAGGGACAAAGUUUAUCCAUUCGACAUUAAACGCGCUGUUUUUCUACCGCUCUCACCCGACAACAUGGAGUACUGGAGGCAAUGUGCGAUGUGGCUGAUCAGCUGCAACGUGCUGCCCGCCAACCACCGGGUGACCGCGGACACGGCGCAGGUGUUCGACCUGGCGCAAACCCUGCGGGACGGGGUGCUGCUUUGCCAACUGCUGAACAACUUGAGACCUCACACGAUCAACCUGAAGGAGAUCAAUCUCAGGCCGCAGAUGUCACAGUUCCUGUGCUUGAAGAACAUUCGUACAUUCCUGACUUCUUGCUGUGAGGUGUUUGGGAUGAAGAAAAAUGACUUGUUUGAAGCCUUCGACCUCUUUGAUGUUCGAGACUUUGGAAAGGUUAUGGACACACUAUCCAAGCUCUCCUACACAGCAAUUGCACAGCAAGGAGUAAUCAAGCCAUUUCCAACAGAGGAAAGCCUCAAAGACGAGGACAUUUACAAUAAUCUGGAAGACUUGAUUGAUGAGAAUGCCCCUGAUGAUGAUGACGACUUGUAUGCAGUGGUCUACGGGAUGGAAGAAGACUCCGCAGAUGGAGAGAUCUAUGAAGACCUCAUGAGGAAUGAGCAGCAUCCACCCUUGAAGCAGGCAGAGGUGGACGUCCGGAGCUGCUGUCUCUCAGAGAUCAAACAGACGGAGGAGAAAUACACAGAGACCCUGGAGUCCAUCGAGAAGUAUUUCCUGAACCCUCUCAGGAAAUUUUUCUCUGCGGCUGAAAUCGACAAAGUUUUUGUCAACAUUCCAGACCUGGUUAAAGUUCACAAGAACCUGAUGGUCGACGUGCAGGACUCCAUCUUAAACAAAAAUGCCUUAAAUCUCUACCAGAUUUUCAUCAGCUACAAAGAGAGACUGCUCAUUUAUGGGAUAUACUGCAGUCAGGUGGAGAUCGCCAUUGCUGUGUUAGACUUCAUUUGCAAAGAGAAAGAGGAUGUCCGUCUAAAGCUCGAGGAGUGCUCAAAGAGAGCCAACAAUGGGAAGUUUACUCUGAGGGACCUGCUGGUUGUCCCGAUGCAGAGAGUCCUCAAGUACCACCUACUUCUUCAGGAACUAGUCAAACACACUCACGAUGCUGCUGACAAGAGCAACUUGAAGAUUGCUCUCGAUGCCAUGAAAGACCUGGCUCAGUUUGUCAACGAGGUGAAGAGAGAUAAUGAGACACUGAGGGAGAUCGACCAGUACCAGAGGUCUAUCGAAAACCUGAAUCAGCCUCUGAUCAGCUAUGGUCGACCAAAAGGUGACGGAGAGGUGCGCAUGGUCUCCAGUGUUGACAAGAGGAAACAGGACAGACAUAUAUUUCUUUUUGACGUGGCCGUCAUUGUCUGCAAGAGAAGAGGAGACAACUAUGAGAUGAAGGACAUACUUGACCUCAACAACUUCAAGAUCACAAACAACCCCAUCACCGACAGAGAGGGUAAAAAGUGGUGCUACGGGUUCUACGUGACUCACCAGCAGGGGCACGCAGGCUUUGAGCUCUUUUUUAAGACCAGAGAACUGAAGAAGAAGUGGCUGGAUCAGUUUGAAAUGGCCAUAUCAAAUAUUCGACCAGAGAAAGCCAACCACAACACCCACCAGUUCAUGAUGCACACCUUUGAAAGGAUCACUUCCUGUAGUUUCUGCCACCUCUUGCUCAGGGGCAUCUUUAACCAGGGUUACCUCUGUCUGAAAUGUGGGCUGGGGGCUCAUAAGGAGUGUCUGGGUCGACUCGGAGUCUGUGGGAGAUCAGAUUCCGCCAAGCCGAAACCCAAGGAAAACACAACACCACCAGACCCAGGUCUACCCAGGAUGGUUGUGAUCAGAGAUUACAGUGGCAUCCCCUGUCCCCAGUGCGGGCCCCCACUAAGCAUUCAUGCGGGGGAUGUCAUUGAACUGAUGUUUGCCGACCUGCACAGCUCCUGGUGGCAGGGAAAAAUUCUGGCGACAACCAAGAUUGGCUUCUUUCCAAGUGAUGCUGUGAGGCCUUGCCCAUGUGUUCCAAAACCUGUCGAUUACUCUGCCCAGCUCUGGUUUGCAGGUCCUAUGGAGAGAUACCAGGCUGAGGUGGAGCUUCUGGACCGAGAAAACGGCACCUAUCUGGUUCGACACAGGAGUAAAGAGUGCACUGAAUACGCCAUUAGUAUAAAGUUCAACGAUAAAGUCAAGCACAUUAAGAUUCUGACCAAGGAUGGCUGCUUUUACAUCGCUGAGAGUCGGCUGUUCAAGACUGUGCUGGACUUGGUGGAAUACUACAAGCAGCAUUCAUUGAAGGAGGGUUUCAGCAGUCUUGACACCACUCUGCAGGUCCCCUAUAGGGAACUGUCCAAUGGAAGCAUGCCCAAGGCCAUUACCAGGACUGUCAGUGUUCCUCUUGGCGGCUGCAGCUUUGUUCCUCCCUCCUCCUCGCCUUUCUGGUCAGUGUUUUCUCCGAGGGUGGUGGGUGUUGCAGUGGCCCGUUAUGACUUCUGCUGCAGAGACACACGGGAGCUCUCCCUGCUGCAGGGAGACAUUAUCAAGAUCUACACCAAGAUGUCCAAUGGGUGGUGGAAGGGAGAGAUCGACGGCAGGAUGGGCUGGUUCCCUUCGACCUACGUGGAAGAGGAAGACUGACUUUGUGGGAUGAAUGACUAUUCAGCGUCUAUUCAAAGCCGACCACCUCCGGCCACCGCCAUGCUGCUCAGCCACUCUCUGUGCCCUGCAAGUCAGACCUCUUUGAUGAAACCCAAAGUCUUAGACUAAAGGGGAAGCGGCGAUGCGCUCAAAGACCUUCUCCUGGCCUCUGACAGACUCUCACACGGAGCUGAUGUCAAAUCACAGAUUCCAGGAGCGUCAAGCCAUAUCUCGCCUCUCUGCGGCCCUGUCUGCCCCCGCGGCCCAAUGGGAAGUGCAUGUGCUGUACCCAGAUAACCCUACACCCACCCUUUCUGCUCACCUUGUCUUAUUAUUGAUGACUCCAUUGGCUGGUGUGAGACUCGCCUUCACUCUCAUCGUGUUUCAAUACCAGGAAGGCUCAGUCACCCAACUGGAACACAGAUCCUGCUGACAGCGCACCGCCCAGGUACCGCACCAAAUUGAAAUGCAGGAGCUGAGGAGCUUUGACUGUUGUUGGAACAUAGCCCACUUGGCUGUCCAGAUUUUGUACUUAACUUUCUAUCAAAGACUUUUAUUUUUAACAGUUUAAAUCACUGGACUGAUAUGUGAUAUUUAAAUGCAAUUGCUGAAAUGAUUCAACACUGUUUGAAAAAAAAGGAUGGAAAGAUUACAGUUCCACAGCGUGAAGGAUGGAUCUGUCAUGCGGUGUGUUUGCAACUUAAUGACUAUUAGUCUUGUGGAGCCAGAAGUGAUUUGGUCAUAUCAUUACAGAACAAGACAUCUUUAGACAAAGUAGUUGUGGAAGAAUGUUGUGGAAAGUGUUUUAAUCCAUCGCUGAUAAAGCUAUGUCUCCAAGCUUUGA